AUGUCGAGCUACAAGGGUCACUGCCACUGUGGAAACACAGAGUGGGAAGCGAAGCUGGAGUCGGACCAGCAAGGACACAUUCUGUGCCACUGCGACACGUGCAAGUACCUCUCCGGUUCAACCUUCACCCUCAAUCAGAUCAUCCCUAAGGCCGCUCUCAACAUUACCAAGGGCGAGUCUGAUCUCGGCAAGUACACGUAUUACGGCGAAUCGGGCAAAGGCGUCCAUUGCUACUUUUGCAAGAAUUGCACGUCGCACGUAUAUCACCACCAGGAGGUUAUGGGUCCCGAUAAAAUUGUGCUCCGCACUGGACUGUUGACUGAGGGUAUCAAGAACUUCAAGCCUGCCGCGGAGAUCUUUGGCAAGGCGAAGUUGCCGUGGGAAAAGGAGGUUGCAGAGACGUUUGAGACGUUGCCACCGUCCUAG